AUGCUUCCGCCCCCGUUAGCGCAAAACAAUGCAAUGCUCUGCGUCGUGUGCGGCCACGACGUGGACCCGCGCGCGCCUGCCUUCCUCAUCGAGUGCCACUUUUGUGGCCACUGGCUGCACGGCACUUGCGCCCAGUUGACCGAACAGGACGCGCUUCUCGUCGCCAAGUUUGCCUGUGUCGAGUGCCAGCAACACGGCCACGAAGGUGUCAAGUACGAGCCUCUCAAUAACGGACCGUUUGAUGCCGACACCGUGACUUUUUCGCCAUUACCCGUGCACUUAGGUGGCUAUGCUUCUUCUUCUCCUCCGGUGCAGCUCAGACACAAGAAACACUCACCCGGUUUCCGACGUCUACUCGGUGCAGCCAUUUACGCUCGAUCUGGGGUGCACUUGGUGUCAUGUCAAGACGUUCGGCCUUUUUUUCUACAGCGCAACGCUCUAAAGGAGCCUGUACUUAUUGCAGGCAACAGCCACCGAGCGGCUGGCCUCGACGAGCCUUUCCCGGUGCUCGACGCAACUUUUAUUGCCGACUUAUUGACAGGCAACCGAGUGGUGCGCACGACUGACGUGGCCUCCCAGACGAGGAAAGAGCUGACUGCAGCAGCGUGGGAGGCAAGGGCAACUAGUUCCAACCAGCAAGACGAAGAGCACAUUGCUCUACUGGCAAAUGCUGAGUUUCGGGUGCAACAAACGGCCAUGCAACUGAAAGUUGCACCGCCAGUUGCCGUAACGCAAGUGGAUUGGAUCAACUUGAUAAUUUCCAACAACGACAAGAGCUCGAGUGGAAAUGCAGUCAACAGCAACGUGUUUGGUGCAUUCCUCGAGGCAAAUGCGUAUCUGGAUUUCACGCUGGCUCCUGGCGGCCAAUGCACUUGGUUAUCGGUUUCUGCAGGUGAAUUGUGCGUGUACAUGAUCCCACCGAGUUCGGCCAGUUUUGAUGCGUAUCGAGAGUGGAAAAGUGAUCCCAACUCUGCCUCUGCGUUCCUGUUCGAGCGAGUGGACAAGUGCAUUAAGUGUGCGGUGAGUGCAGGCAGCACACUGCUGGUCCCAGCUGGCUGGAUGUUUGCACGCUUUGCUGGUGGCGUGCAGAGCUGCUCGCUGUUUCUCGGAUUCUUUGCAUGCACCACAGCGAUGGAGGCGCAACUGGGAGUUGUGUUGCUCGAGUUGCAGCACGAUGCAUUGGCGCAGUAUGAGAGCGAGUGCACUUCGGGUUGGCUCAUGGUGGAUGCCAAUGUGCAGCUGUGGACGGCUGUGUGUUACUAUGUUCGUCAGCUUUUGAUGAUCAACAAUGGCAUGAACGCUCAAGUGAACGACGUGGAUCGACGUGCGUUGCAGCGCGCGUUACCUCGUCUGAGAGAGUGGAGCGCGCUACCAGCCUCGCUCAAGUCAGUCAAUGGUAUCACGUGGACUCCCAGCUCUCAGCGAGAGGCUCAAGCCAUCGUAGGUCGACUGAAACAGGCGCUUGCUGCCACUUGUCUGCCGACUCACAGUCUCGAUGACUUGCAACCGACGUCGGGGCUGGGAACGGACAGUAAACUGCCCCCAAUAUCGCCACAUGAAGCGACUUACAUCUACUCGGCCGCCUCAGUUCCGGACGCCAUGAAUGGAUCCCCGUGGGGGGCGACUAGCUCAGGUUUCGACAGUAGCUCACCGAUGGAGACAAUGUGGUCCAGCUAUGAUCCCUCACAUCAGCAUCAUCCACAGGAUCACUUGGUUAUCUCGACGCAGAACCAGCCAUACUCGAGCAGUGAUCCAAGUUUCCAGCAGCAUUCGCCUAACCAGAAUUUGCCAGGAUAUGGUGGUUCAGACUACGGAUACAUGUCUGGAAUGGGAGGCAAUGAAGGAUACAUGGAGGCUGCUGGUCUCGAGGGACUCACUGCGCUCGGUGCUUCUGGACAGUUAGGUGCUCCCAUGGCAACUUCGAGUUUCCAACAACCUCGUGUGGACAGUAAUGGCAACUACGUCGACAUGUUGAUGCGUCAUCGUGCUUCGUGUCAUCGCUGUGGCAACUUGCGCAAGAAGAACGUGCGGUGUCCGGUCUGUCCUCAUAUUUUCUGUGCCAAGUGCGCCGAGAAGAUGAUCGAGGAACAUGGAGACCGAAUCUUUGAGAACGGCUGUCCAGUGUGCAAGGAAUUGUGCUGCUGUGGCAAGAACCGGACGACUCGCUGCACACGCAAGUUCCACUGCUACAAGAAGUGUCCGUCCACCAAGCGCCCUGCGUCUGGCUCUAGUUAG